GACUCUGGCUGAAACACGCCCACGCCAAAUAAACCUCUCGCCCGUAAUCCUCGCAGUGCACAGCUGAAUUCUUCCGUCUGGUUUUUGCUGCUACGUCUACGUUGUUUUUUCAAACUCUAUAGGACAAAUGGAUAACUCUGGGAAAGAGAAGGAAGCUAUGCAGCUCAUGGCUGAUGCUGACAAGAAAGUCAAGUCCUCUGGCUCUUUUUUGGGAGGAAUGUUUGGAGGAGGACAUCACAAGGUGGAGGAGGCAUGUGAGAUGUACAGCAGAGCAGCCAACAUGUUCAAGAUGGCCAAAAACUGGAGUGGUGCUGGAAAUGCAUUUUGUAAAGCAGCACGUCUCCACAUGCAGCUGCAGAAUAAACACGACUGUGCCACCAGUUUCAUUGAUGCUGGAAACGCUUACAAGAAGUCUGACCCAAACGAGGCAAUCAAGUGCUUAAAUGCAGCCAUCGAUAUAUACACAGACAUGGGCAGAUUCACCAUUGCAGCAAAACACCACAUCAGUAUCGCAGAGGUCUACGAGUCCGAGUUGGUUGAUAUUGAAAAAGCUAUUGCACAUUAUGAACAAGCAGCAGAAUACUACAAAGGAGAAGAAUCAAACAGUUCUGCCAACAAGUGUCUGCUGAAGGUCGGGGCCUACUGCGCUCAGCUGGAGCAGUACCAGAAAGCCAUUGAGAUCUAUGAGCAGGUCGGAGCAAACACUAUGGACAAUCCACUGCUGAAAUACAGUGCCAAAGAGUACUUCUUCAAAGCCGCCCUUUGUCAUUUUGUGGUGGAUGAGCUUAAUUCCAAGAUUGCUGUUGAAAAAUACGAGGAGAUGUUUCCAGCUUUUUCUGACUCCAGAGAGUGCAAGUUGUUGAAGAAACUUCUCGAGGCGUAUGAGGAACAGAACAGUGAAGGCUUUACAGAUGCAGUUAAAGAGUUUGAUUCCAUCUCACGCCUGGACCAGUGGCACACGACCAUCCUGCUGCGCAUCAAAAAGAACAUCCAAGGUGAGGAAGAGGGGGAUUUGAAAUGAGUGGAGUCCACACAGGAGCGUGGCAUCGAGGGACAAAUCCAUCACGCAUGCUCUCAUACACACACACACACACACACAGAAAUGUGUAGCCUCAGUGCACAUUUCAUAGGGACAGAAGCAUCUGUUGAAGGUUUGAGUCCAACCCACUGCUGUACUUUAUCAGAGCACACUCUCCUGCUUUUCCUUAAAACAUAUCUAAACCUAGUCAGAAUGUAAAUCCUGUCGCCCUCGCCUCUGUCCGGAGGUUUGCUGCAUACCUUUCUCUGUUGAUGUCUGUGCUGGUGGAUUACGGAGCCGUACAUGUUACUGAGACCUAAGCCUAGUGUUGAUUACAGGCACUGCAUGUUUUGUACAAAUAAUUACUCGUUGGUUAAAUGCAGCUCGUUUUGUUCGUUAUGUAGGUAUUUGCAUUGAAAUGAUUAAAAAAUUCACUUGUUGUAUAUUAUUGUUGUAAUUUUUUUUAAGAACAUUUUAUCCCAAUUUCUAAUGUGUUUUACGGAGAGGGUCAUGAUUGUUUUUCUAUCACCUGUGGAGAGUGUCUUCUUGCGAUGGGCAAUGAUAUGCACCAAAUGUAGACUGUUAGACAUUUGUAUUCGCAACCUGGUGGCAUUUGUUGAUUUUAAUUCAAUUUUUAAUUGUCGUACCCAUUAAUGAAGAUCCCUAAAUCAAAAGCUCUUUCCCCUUUAUUCCCAAGGCAGUAGCUCUGGGACUGAUUUGCAUCUUUAGUAACUCCACUCAUGCAACUUUGCAAACUUGAAGGUUUACCACUUUCUUCUUACCAUUCGCUAAGCAUGUCACUGUGUAUGGGUCGCUGUAUGUCACCCUCACUCGUGAGCAAGACCAAAGUUUUUACCGAAGUGUCAGUUGCCGUGCAUAUCCAGCUUCUGUCCGACGGAAUGACAACCAAUCUUGGAUAUGAUCUGUAUGCUUGUGCGAAUGGACAAUAAUAAAGGUAUAAAUCUCA